AUGGUGGUUUUCAAUGGGCACAUGCGUUUAAAGGUGAUCGAAGCCGAUAACCUUCGUGCAACUGAACAUUCAGUACGUUAUUUUCCUCAAAAUCCUUCAUUAUCGUUCGUUAGUCCAUACGUAUCGAUCGAUAUCGACGAUCUACCAUUAGGACGAACACACACGAGAGAAAAAACAACUUCACCAACCUUUAACGAGGAAUUUACCAGUGAUGUACAUAAUGGUCAUCAAUUACACUUUACGAUAUUUCAUGACGCCGCAUUGCCGCCGGAUGAAUAUGUUGCUGAUAGUACGGUCAAAUUUGACAGUAUUCAUGAUAAGAAAAGCGACAUUUGGAUUGAUCUCGAACCAGCUGGACGAAUUCAUAUAUCGAUUGAACUGCAAGGACAAUUCAGUGAUUCUGUGAGCAAUGAACGACAUUUCAAACAGAAUAAACGAGCUUUUGCUCAACGUCGUUUUGCUGUUGUGCGUCGUGUUUAUGAAAUAAAUGGACAUAAAUUUAUGGCGACCUUCUUUCGACAACCAACAUUUUGCUCAAUUUGUUCCGAAUUCAUUUGGGGAAUAUUUCGUACACAAGGUUAUCAAUGUCAAGUUUGUACAUGUGUGAUACACAAGCGUUGCAAAGCAUCAGUAGUUACAACAUGUCCAGGGAUUCGAACGUGUUUUGAAUAUCGUGAAAAAAGAUUCAAGAUUAAUGUCCCACAUCGAUUUGUCGCACAUACAUAUCGAUUAUUUACUUUUUGUGAUCAUUGUGGAUCACUUCUGUGGGGUGCAUGGAAUCAAGGAAUGCAAUGUCGAGAGUGUAAACUGAACGUACAUAAACGUUGCACGCGUAAUGUUGCGAAUGACUGCGGUUUGGAUAAGAAGAAACUUGCUACUGUUCUUGCUGAUCUCAAUAUAAGUACUCCUCAAAAAAUGACAAAUGUGCCAAGUGAAGCCGACACGUCAACUGCAUCUUCGACAACUGCAUCAACAACACCGACAGCAAGCAAAACUCCUACUCCACCACCAUCUGCUUCAUCGGAUGACAGUUCGUCAAAACGGCCGCAUAACUUCUCAAUUGACGAUUUUCAAUUUAUGAAAGUUCUCGGCAAAGGAUCAUUCGGCAAAGUUUUAUUAGGUGAACAUAAACCAACUGGUGAAAUUUUUGCGAUAAAAGUUCUUAGCAAAGAUGCAAUUAUUCAAAAUGACGAUGUUGAAUGUACGAUGACUGAACGACGAAUUUUAGCUUUGUCAACCCGACAUCCAUUCUUAACUGGGUUGUUUUGCAGUUUUCAAACAAAGGAACGUUUGUUUUUAAUCAUGGAAUAUGUCAAUGGUGGUGAUCUAAUGUUCCAAAUUCAACGUUCAAGAAAGUUCGAUGAAUCACGCGCACGUUUUUACGCAUCGGAAGUUACUUUAGCCUUAAUGUUUUUACAUCGACAUGGUGUUAUUUAUCGUGACCUCAAACUAGACAAUAUUUUACUUGACGCCGAAGGUCAUUGUAAAAUUGCUGAUUUUGGUAUGUGUAAAGAAGGCAUUUUUGACGGAAAAUUAACUUCGACAUUUUGCGGCACACCCGAUUAUAUUGCUCCGGAAAUACUUCAAGAACUUGAUUAUUCAUUCUCUGUUGAUUGGUGGGCGUUGGGUGUUCUCAUGUACGAGAUGAUGGCAGGACAACCUCCAUUCGAAGCUGAUGAUGAAGACAGCCUUUUCGAAUCAAUCUUACGUGAUGAGGUACUCUAUCCGGUUUGGUUAUCCAAAGAAGCCGUACAUAUACUUAAAUCGUUCAUGACGAAAAAUCCGGCGAAACGUCUUGGCUGUGUAGCAGCACAAGGUGGUGAAGAAGCAAUAAAACGUCAUGCAUUUUUUGCAGGAAAAAUCGAUUGGGAAGCAUUGGAACGUCGACAAAUUAAACCGCCGUUCAAACCCAAAGUGGUUAACCCACGCGAUACGAGCAAUUUCGAUAAAGAUUUUACUAAUAUGCCUGUUGCUUUCACACCAAUCGAAGCCGUGAUUGUUAAAGCAAUCAAUCAAGAUGAAUUCAAAGAUUUUUCGUACCAAAAUGCUGACUGGCGUUGUUUAGAACGUGGUGAAGUGCCUAAAGACGAUGCUAAUGACGGUCGACGUGCAUUACGUGAUGAUCUACCUGUUAAUUUGAAACAGCCAUUACCUAUGACACCUAUUUUAUCUCAUCAAUCGUCGACGAAUGAAACUGUUUCAUCAACAAUUACAGUUGUCAAAACUGAUCACAUGCCAAUUCCACAUACGGAAACGAAACGUGCACCAUCGCCCUCACCAUUUCAAACUUUACAUACGUCAUCGUCAUCAUCAGCUGUAACAUCGACAGCGAGUGCACAAUCAUCAUCAUCAACAGCAACGCCAUCGACGGCGCCAGCCAUCGCAUCGAAUUCAAUGCCAACUGCUCAACCAAAAUCACCGUCAACAAGUCGUGCGAAUAAGAUUAUCACCGAUCAAACCGAUAUGUAA